AUGGAGCUGCCAGUUCCCGCCAACAGUGUCCAGCCUCAGCGUCCUGUGUCGGUCGUCAUGGCAACUCCUGAAGAACUGAGUGGUUCUGGUUUGUGUCUCGGCUGCGGGACGCUGGACUCUCCACCGCACUAUGACUUCUACGCUGACAGCGUGGCGUGGGGACGUCGCAGGCGCUGCCGAGCGUCACUGCACCAGCUUUACGCAGACCCGCUGAUCCCCGGGGUGACCGAGGACAAAUGCAGCGCGCCGGUGUACAAGUGGACAGCAGGGGGCGACAGUUCUGAUGAAGAUGAGGGCGAGCAGACAGAGCCGCCCCCUGAUCCCCCGCGCUUCGGCUGGAUUCAGGGAGUCAUGAUCCGCUGCAUGUUGAAUAUCUGGGGUGUGAUCUUGUACCUGAGGCUGCCGUGGAUCACUGCGCAGGCUGGUGUAGGUCUGACCUGGGUCAUCAUCCUGCUCUCCUCUUUCAUCACUGGGAUCACUGGUUUGUCGACGUCAGCCAUCGCAACCAACGGCAAAGUCAAAGGAGGUGGAACUUACUUCCUGAUCAGUCGGAGUCUGGGUCCAGAACUGGGUGGAUCCAUCGGUCUGAUCUUCGCCUUCGCUAACGCUGUGGCCGUGUCCAUGCACACCGUGGGUUUCGCAGAGACUGUCACUGACCUCAUGCAUGAAAAUGGCGUCGUAAUAGUCGACCGUGUCAACGACAUUCGCAUCAUCGGCGUGGUCACGGUCACGUGUUUACUCGGCGUCUCAUUGGCCGGCAUGGCAUGGGAAUCUAAGGCCCAGAUCCUCUUCUUCCUGGUCAUCAUGGUGUCCUUUGUGAACUACAUCGUUGGGACAAUCGUACCCGCUUCACCUCAGAGACAAGCCAGAGGCUUCUUUAGCUACAAAGUGGACAUCUUUGCUGCUAACUUUGUCCCCGGCUGGCGGGGAGCAGAGGGCAGCUUCUUUGGAAUGUUCUCCAUCUUCUUCCCCUCAGCCACAGGAAUCCUGGCAGGAGCAAACAUCUCUGGAGACCUGAAGAAUCCAACAGUGGCCAUACCUCGAGGAACGCUGAUGGCCAUUUUGUGGACCACCAUGUCUUACCUCAUCAUCUCUGCAACCAUAGGUGCGUGUGUGGUGCGUGAUGCCUCUGGUCUCAUCAAUGACAGUGUGUCUGUGUCCAGUGAAGACUGUGAUGGUUUCUCUUGUCUCUAUGGAUGGGACUUUAGUGAGUGUGUGAGCAACAAGAGCUGCAGCUACGGCCUCAUCAACUACUAUCAGUCCAUGAGCCUGGUGUCGGCGUUCUCUCCUCUCAUCAGCGCUGGGAUCUUCGCAGCGACGCUCUCUUCUGCUUUAGCUUGUUUGGUUUCUGCGCCCAAAGUUUUCCAGUGUUUGUGUCAGGACAAACUUUACCCUCUCAUCGGCUUCUUUGGAAAAGGAUACGGCAGAAACGCUGAGCCGCUGCGAGGCUACAUGCUAACCUACUGCAUCGCUGUCUGCUUCAUUCUGAUAGCAGCAGAGUUAAACUCCAUCGCUCCCAUCAUCUCUAACUUCUUCCUGUGCUCCUACUCUUUGAUCAACUUCAGCUGCUUCUACGCUUCACUCACCAACUCACCAGGUUGGCGUCCGUCCUUCAGGUUCUACAAUAAGUGGUUGUCUCUGCUGGGCUCUGUGUGCUGUGUGGUCAUCAUGUUCCUGCUCACAUGGUGGUCAGCACUCAUCGCCUUUGGUGUUGUCUUCUUCCUCAUGGGAUACACACUCUAUAAGAAGCCUGAGGUGAACUGGGGUUCUUCAGUCCAGGCUGGCUCCUACAACCUGGCCCUGACCCACUGUGUCGGACUGAAUCAGGUCCAGGACCACGUCAAGAACUUCAGGCCUCAGUGUUUAGUUCUGACCGGUCCCCCCACACGUCGUCCAGCUCUGGUGGACCUGGUCCACGCUUUGACCAAAGGUCUCAGUCUGAUGAUGUGUGGAAACGUGGUCACUGCGACAUCGUCUCCAGCAGCUCUGCACAAGGCUCACACAGACAGUCAUGUGACCUGGUUAAACCAACGGAAGGUCAAGUCCUUCUACAGAGGAGUGGUGGCACCAGAGCUACGGUCCGGUGUGAACAUGCUGCUGCAGGGGGCAGGUCUGGGUCGCAUCAGGCCAAACGUCCUGGUGAUGGGUUUGAAGACGGACUGGAGCAGUGACGAGCCUCACGCUGCACAUGAAUACGUCUCAGUCCUGCAUGAUGCCUUUGACCUACAGUACGGUGUGUGUGUGCUGAGGAUGACGGAGGGACUGGAUUCUUCUCAUCCAUCUCAGUCCUACAUGAAUCCAAGUUUCCGUGGACAAACAGAGAAUAUGAACACCAUCUCUUCUCCUUCCUGCAUUCAAACAAACACCACCUAUUCAGUGUGUGUUGAUCCUGAGGUUCAGCCAAAAACAGUGUUUCAAAAAAAACAUGGAAAGAAGACCAUCGACAUUUACUGGCUGUCUGAUGAUGGAGGUCUCACUCUGCUGCUGCCUUACCUACUGACUCGCAGGAAACGCUGGUUGAAAUGUAAAGUCCGAGUGUUUGUGGGAGGAGACACAGAGAAGAGGGAGGAGCAGAGGGCAGAGGUCUUGGCUCUGAUCAAGAAAUUCCGUCUUGGUUUCCAUGAUGUUGAAGUUCUUCCUGACGUUUACCAGCAUCCUCAGCCUGAGAAUGUGCGUCAGUUUGAGAACACACUGCGUCGCUUCAGACUGGAGACAAACAUCAAACAAGAUUGUGACACUGAGGCUCAAAGACAGCAGGAGCCCUGGAUGAUCACAGACCAGGAUCUAGAGAGGAACAAGGCCAAGAGUCUCCGUCAGAUCCGUCUCAAUGAGGUCCUGCAGGACAUUUCCAGAGACGCUGCUCUGAUCAUCAUCACCAUGCCGGUGAGCAGGAGAGGAGUGUGUCCCUCUUCACUCUUCCUGGCGUGGCUGGACUUCCUGUCACGUGACCUCCAACCUCCAGUCCUGUUGGUCAGAGGAAACCAGGAAAAUGUCCUGACCUUCUACUGCCAGUGAUUCCUUGUGAUUCAACAUCUUGAUGAUAUAUGGAUUAUUUUUGAAUGAUUUGAAUGAUUGUCUAAGUGCAUGAAUGAAGGUUUUGUUCCUAAAUGUAUGAAACAAAUAAACUGCACUUGUAAUCAACAUGUUUAAAAUAUGGCAAUAAAAGGUUUUGAGUGUAAACUUAA